AUGGAAAUACUGUCGCGAAAGCACCAGCGACAGGUAGGCUAAUUAUGACAUAAUGUAAUUGAACGUUUCGGGUGUAUUGGAAUUUUUCAAAUAAUUAUGUGUGGAUACAAUUUUAUGGCACAUUGGUGUGCGCAGGUUUUGCAGUGGGUUCGUGCGUUUUAGACAAAUAUUUUAAAGGGUUUAGGCUUAAAACUAGUUAUAACCGCUGUAUAACCACUGCCUCUAGCUUGACGUUACUUAUUUAAUUGACAAUUUCCUAAAUUAAAAUGGAACGCUUAAAAGAGGUAGGCUAUGCUUUGUUUUGAUAACUAAAUUAUGCAUACCACAUAAGUGUGUUUGUGAAUGUAGUGGCCAGAGAGCAUUGCACACCUGAGUGAGAGUUUCUAUUUGAACUGCAGAUGAAGGAUGAUUCUAUAUAUAACAUGAGUCAUGCAAGAGGACUACCUGGUGUCCCACCUCAGCCCCAGGCCUCUAGUGAGGAACCUUCAGAGCUUUACCAAGUAAGACCUUUAUGUAAAGAAGCCAGUCCCUAAAGUGCUAUUGAUAGGUGGAAAAGUAUUAGUGUGUUCCUUUGUGUGCAUACCUACUAGGACGAUUCCAUGUUAUUCCUGCAAGUUAACUCCUUACUUUUAAAUUGUUCCAGAUUGUUCUCAGGCACAGCCAUCACCCACCCAUCCUCCAGAACACCUCUUGGACUCUGGCUGUCCCUUAUAAGGAACAACGGCACCAUCGCACCCCCAGUGAGUCUAUUGGGAACAACUACAGCCCCCAGGCUCGUCACCUGAAGAUCAGAAACCUACAGAGGAGACCUGGAACCGUCCAAGACUCGCUUGGGGAUGCACCUGCACCUUGUAUCCUUUUGAAAUUUUCAAAUGUGAAUAAGUCUUAUUCUGAUUCAUCCCAUUGUUGCUACUUUGCUGACAACCUGACCGGUGCUGAAUUGAGUGGCAUCAAGGCAAUAAUAACCAAAACAAGAUAGAACAUUUGAUCUUAAUUCUCAUUUUAGCAUCUAGCCCAGCUGAGAAGAGGCAUAAACUCACCCCCAGGGGAAGGUAAGAUACCUAUAAAAUACAUCAACAUUAAGUGUUGACCACUGAAAUCUGGACAAAGUGGUGACAUGGAAGUGGUCUUUGUAAUGCUUUGUCAUCUCAAUCCCAGGGAUUCAGCUCCUGGCACCUCAAGCUCACCUGGACUUAAGCUCAGCGCCAGGGAGCCUCUGCCCCCCAUCAGCCGACCCCUGACCCCCAAACAGCAGCUGGACAUCAUGCGGAGCCAAGAGGAACAGAUGUGGCUUUUUGAGACAGAACCUACAGAAAGAGACCUGGAGGUAAGCGUCCAAAUAGAAUAGAUAAGGAAAUAGAAUAUCAUAUAGAAUGAAAUAGAAUGUAAUAGAAUAGAGGAUAAUAAAAUAGAGGGAAUAGAAUAGAGCAGGCAAUAGAAUUGAAUUAGAAUAGUAUCGCCUCCAGUCCAUUCAACCAAUUUAGUCACUCAAUUGUUCCAUUGCUUUCAUUCUUUUGGCAGCUUGUUAUUUUAGGGUGUUUACUUGAUGUGAAGUGUUCUGCUGAUUUCUACAGAGGUACGUGUACUACAUUAGUAACGGGGUCCACAGCACAAUGCUGGCCCACCAGCCCCCCAAGCAGAUGAAGAACAUCAUGAAGCUCCUUCCCCCUGGCAUUCAGGACAGCAGCAGGGACAUGGAGAUACUGAAGGGGAAUCUGCUAGACGAGGUCAACAAAGACUACGGCUUCAGUCUCCGGAAGAGCAUAGGUGAGAAAUACUACCAGUAGCAGGAGGAUUUGUUACAUGACUGCAAUGUUUCUUACAUGUACUACAAUACUACUUUCAUUUAUUAAUACACUACUUGUAAUGAGUGUACUAAUAAUGUAGAUAGUAAUUUUAAUUUUCCUAUCCAGCAACAACUUAAGAUAAUAUAGCCUACACAUAUUUGCAAACAUUCCUAUCAAAGCAAUGUGGUUGUCUAUCAAAUCGCCCUAAACCCACUGAAAGUUCCCUUGCCUCCAUGUUUUCUGUGUCUCCCCUCUUGGACCCCACCAGUUGACUACAUCCUGAGGGACCCAUCGGAGAGACAGCGUCUGUUCAUCUCCAGCAUCCCCAGGCCCUUCCCCAGGAGGGUGAUCCGAGGGCCCGUCCCCUGGGCCUGCAACUACAGCCAGGCCCACUCCUGGCAGAGCCAGCACCUCUUCACUCUCAACCCCAUGAUGUUCCACCUGCAGGACCUCUGGGUCAACAGGUAGCCUAGUAGCCUGAGCCAAGACUGGCUCUAAAUGAGCGUGAACUGUAACCGUGUUCCAUUUUGUGUCAGUGUUUGUAGUUCCAGUAAACUAGGCAACAAAAUGGUUUGCGUAGGUUUACAUUCCCCUAAGUCACCGAUCACAUUUGGUAGUAGGUCUAUGUGUGGCAGAAUACACUGUUGCUCUGGCAACCAAUCUCAAAAUGGCAUAUGAACUGUUUACCAAAAAAACAUAAGGAAGCAAAACCAUGCUCAGUACCAUAAAACAAGCUAAAACAAUCGUUUAAAUGCUCUAAGAGCUAAUCUCCUCUCUGUGGGUCAGAUGAUAGAGUUUCAAAUACAGUUACGUAAUGGACUUUCCUGAGCCUAUGCAUGGUGCACUGUUGAACUCCUGUAUUAACCUGCAUUAGUUGAUCAAACCAAGUGGAUCACCAUGAACCCUACUGUUACUAACCAUAUCUUAAAUGUCUCAAAUAAGUGUUGAUCGGUGUACAAAAUUAAAGUGGACACUAACAGUUCAGAUGGUACAAGUUAACCCUUAUGUCGCUCUUUCUUUCUUUCUCUCGCCUCCUUUCAGUUUCUCCUCCUUGAGGUUUGUGAGGAUGGGGGACCUUUUCUCUGCCAACUUCCCCCUGCUGCCCACCGAGUUUGAGGACCUGGUUCAGAGACAGUGCCAAAUCACCAGGGACGACCUGGCUAAUAGGUUAGUAGCCUACUGUCUUCAGUCAGUCAGACAGUCAAUCAAACAAUCAGUGAAACAGUCAGUCAGUCUGUCUGUCCAGUCAGACAGCCAGCCAGACAGACAGACAGGUAGACAGUCAGUCAAGUCAACCAGAUAGACAGACAGUCAGAGCGUGUAAGACAGUCAUUCAGCCAGGUAGACAGACAGGCAGGUUGACAUACAGGUAGGCAGGUAGGCCAAGGUCUGCAUGGCUAAUCCCAGUGUUGUAGUGAAAGUCUCAUGUUUCCUCCUUGUUCACUGUGUUAAACCCGUGUCAUACCCCUGUCGUGUCUUUGUGGAGAUUAGCUGACCGUCUUCUCACUUAAGGAUUUCCAUUGCAACCUGCUGUGUUUAGAGCAAGGGACCUGUAAACGUGAUUUGUGGCUGAAAUAUGAGCCAUUGAAACUUCACAAAAAUGUGUUGAUUUUUUUCCUGAGUUUGUGCCUGCUUGGAUACCAUUGUUCUCUGAUAGUUCGGUCUCCCUUACCAACCACUGUAGAGCCAAAGGACAUAAUGUUCUGGUGUGGUUCUGUUGAAAUGCCAAAACAUUGCACCAGUUGCUAGGUUUUGUCCCUUUUCUGGAGGCGGAAACUACAUGUCAUACAAUAACAUACAUACAGGGGUAUAUGUGUCACAACAAUAGUACACACAUACAGGGGACUAGCAAGCAAGCACCUACUGUAUCAGACCACUGUCGGCGGCAGAACACUGGUGGCAACUCUCCUAUCAACCACUGGUGUCAAAAUGGCAUCACACCGCUGCCAGCAAGCCUCUAUUCAACCUCUGGGGGCAUAUACACUGAACAAAAAUAUCAACGCAACAUGUAAAGUGUUGGUCCUGUGUUUCAUAAGCUGAAAUAAACGAUCCCUGACAUUUUCUAUACGUACAAAAAGCACAUUUCUCUAAAGUUUUGUGCACAACUUUGUUUACAUCCCUGCUAGUGAGCAUUUAUCCUUUGCCAAGAUAAUCCAUCCACCUGACAGGUGUGGCAUAUCAAGAAGCUGAUUAAACAGCAUGAUCAUUACAUAGGUGCACCUUGUGCUGGGGACAGUAAAAGGCCACUCUAAAAUGUGCAGUUUUGUCACACAACACAAUGCCACAGAUGUCUCAAGUUUUGAGGGAGAGUGCAAUUGGCAUGCUGACUACAGGAAUGUCCACCAGAGCUGUUGCCAGAGAAUUUAAUGUUCAUUUCACUACCAUAAACUGCCUCCAACGUCGUUUUAGAGAAUUUGGCAGUACGUCCAACCGGCCUCACAACCGCAGACCACGUGUAACCACACCAGCCCAGGACCUCCACAUCCGUCUUUUUCACCUGCGGGAUCGUCUGAGAUCAGCCACCCGGACAGCUGAUGAAACUGUGGGCUUGCACAACCGAAGAAUUACACUAACUGUCAGAAACCGUCUCAGGGAGUCUCAUCUGCGUACUCAUCGUCCUCACCAGAGUUUUGACCUGACUGCAGUUCGGCGUCGUAACCGACUUCAGUGGGCAGAUGCUCACCUUCGAACGCCACUGGUACGCUGGAGAAGUUUGUUCGGAUGAAUCCGGUUUCAACUGUACCGGGCAGAUGGCAGACGAGUGGGCGAGUGGUUUGCUCAUGUCAACGUUGUGAACAGAGUGCCCCAUGGUGGCGGUGGGGUUAUGGUAUGGGCAGGCAUAAACUACGGACAACGAACACAAUUUAAUUUUAUUGAAUGCACAGAGAUACCGUGAUAAGAUCCUGAGGCCCAUUGACGUGCCAUUCAUCCGCCACCAUCACCACCUCAUGUUUCAGCAUGAUAAUGCAUUGCCCCAUGUCGCAAGGAUCUGUACACAAUUCCUGGAAGCUGAAAAUGUCCCAGUUCUUCCAUGGCCUGCAUACUCACCAGACAUGUAACCCAUUGAGCAUGUUUGGGAUGCUCUGGAUCGACGUGUUCCUGCCACUAUCCAGCAACUUCGCACAUCCAUUGAAGAGGAAUGGGACAACAUUCCACAGGCCACAAUCAACAGCCUGAUCAACUCUAUGCGAAGGACAUAUGUCGUGCGGCAUGAGGCAAAUGGUGGUCACACCAGAUUCUGACUGGUUUUCUGAUACACUUCCCCUACCUUUUUGUUAAGGUAUCUGUGACCAACAGAUGCAUCUGUAUCCAGUCAUGUGAAAUCCAUAGAUUAGGGCCUAAUUAAUUUAUUUCCAAUUGACUGAAUUCCUUAUAUGAACUGUAACUCAGUAAAAUCUUUGAAAUUGUUACAUAUUGUGUUAAUAUUUUUGUUCGGUGUACAUACAACAAUCCCUCAUUUGGACUGUGUGAUACCCCAGUGUCUGUGUUUUGCAGGUGGCUGCCGCGCUGUGUGUCCCUGUUUGUCACCUAUAAGGACCUGUGGCUGCCCCUGGUGCCCCAGAGUGACCACGUGGCCCCAGUCAGUGCCCAGGAGUUCUUCUCCUGCGUGGCCGCCCUCAUGUCCCUGCAGCUCCGCAGCCUGAUCAUCGCCUCGCUGCAGGACCUGCUCCAGUUCUUCACCCUGCACCAGGUCUGUCUAACCACUCAAAUCUGUCAGGGUUCAACCACGGUUCAACCAUCUAUACCAGGGGUGUCAAACAUAUGGCCCGCGAGGCCAUUCAAUCCGGCCCGUUAUCCCCAGAAUUAUAACGAUCUCAAUCGACAUUCAAAUGACUAAAACUGUGUCUAAAUAAUAAUGGACCUGUGCACUCUGUCCAGCUUGUGAAGAGUCAUCAAAAGCUAGACAGUCAAAAUGAGUUGGUCUAUAGCUACACACAUGGUUUACCCUAACUCGAUUAGACCCGUUUGAUCAGACAAGAUCAGCCCUACACUUGAUAUAGAAACACAUACUGUGCCUAUAUAUUUCAAUGAGUUAAUUAUAAAGAAAAGCAAUGUUAUCUUUUCUGUUCUCUGUGAUUUGUUGGACAGGACGGGAAUGACUUUGGCGAAGUGUUUGACGAGAUGCGCUUCGUGCAGCCCCAGGUGCUGCUGGUCAAGCUGAGGGUGGAGGAGCCGCGCAUUGUCUUCCUGCCCAGCCUUCAGGAAUGCUGGGAGCUCAUCCAUCGGGGCUUCAUGGAGAUCAUCAAGAGCGCCCAGAACCUCCCACGGGUAUAAAAAAAAAUAACUCUCAGCCUCCCCUGUUCUUCCAGUUCUUAAUUAUUCAUGUUCAGUUGUUUAUUUAAUCUGUUCAAUCUAUUUCUGAAAUUAAACCAUUUCCAUUAUUAACAGUCAAAAAACGUGAUUUUCCUGUUUUUUAAAUGAUAUUUCCAACCUAUGAGGUUGAAAUAACACUCUGAAAUUAUGAAAAUUAUGAUAAUGCCCUUUUAGUGUAAGAGAUUUUGAAAAAAAUCCUGGAAUUUCAGUUUGGAUGGGAUGGAGUUUUUGGCCCACAUCAUAACAUCACAAUCUGAUCAGAUUAUUCUGACAAAUGACAAGUCAUCUUUUAUUUGCAUAUGUAUCCUCAUACUUUGAAGGGGUAAGAGGGGGAGGCUCUAGAGUCUAGAUGAUCCUAUCCGCCAGUCAGGGCUGUGUAUGUAAAUAUAUUUACAUUUGUGUCAACACACCCACACAAUCAGACUGAUCAUUUCAAUGGCAAAAGGAGGCUCAGGGAAAUAAAUGAUUAAACAAAUAUUUGGAGUUAUUUUCAUGGAAAAAGCACAGAGUGAUUUAUUAAACAUACAGUGAUGAUUUAAAAAAUGUUAUAAAAAAGACUGCAUGGGGGCUUUAAAACAGUUUUCUCACAUUUGUACAUAUUGAAUGUGACCUCUGUCUACAGAAAUGUUCUGGUGCUCAGCAUGGAAAGGAUUAUAUCUGUGAUUGACAGUUUGUCUGGUCUUCUCUGUACAGGUGGAGUGUAACCUUUUCCCAGAAAUCCAAGGACAGGGCCUUUAUCUGCACUCCGUCAGACCUGAUGAGCUGCUGGUCACAGACCUGAUCAACAGAGCCAAGAACAUCUUCCAGAAGAACACUGUGGGACCAAAGAAGUAUGGGGACAUACCUAAACGUAUACUACCUAAAAUAGAGUCAACAAUCUGACAUUCUUCUUUCUGCCAAUACUUUUAUGUUAACCUGUUUGGUGGAUGAAGGCUCUUUUAAGAAAAUUACUCAUUGCAAUAUUACAAUUUGAUCUCCAGGUAUCUGAACGUGUAUAAGAAGUACAGCAACCUACUAGACAACACUGCAAAGCAGGAUAUAGUAGCGUUCCUCAAAGAAAAACACUCCCUGCAAGGUUUUACUAAGGUAGAUUUGCCUCUCUGCUUUCCUUCCUUCAAACACUACUAUUAGACCUAUACUGUAAAAAAGAUUCAACCAUUUAACAUGGCACAUUUGGAGAUCGAAUGAUAACGGCUACUUCUACCUACCCCUUCUCAGAAAAUCGAGGGUGUUCAGCAGUUGUGGAAGGAGAUUGCCUCCCUGCACAUCACGGUGCCCCUGUCCAUGUUUUGCCUGGAUGUUUUGAGCCUGAACAAGGACCUGUGUGACCGCGCUGAGAAGCUGAAGGACAGGCUCAUCGUCUUCGAGGUGGACGAGAACCGAGAGCUCAACAAGAGGUGAGAGAGGGAAGAACUCCUUCUGUUUUAGAUAGAACUACACUACCCAUAAGGCCAAACUUCACGCAAAAAUGACUGGAUGGUAAUUCCACUCAUUCACAGUUGACUCAAUUAUGUAAUACUCCUACUAUUGUGUACUAAUGUUACUACUAACUUUGAAGUGUUUGACUUACAGCAAAGAGCGAAAUCUCCGUUACUGUUGGAAGAAAAUAAUUGGAAAUCCGAUUUCCUUUUCCUAGCAUCUGUCACCGCUAUGACGAGAUCGCUGCGACCAUCACAGGGGCCCCAGGCAACACAGAGGAGCUGGUGGCCCUUAACCAGUACCUAAAGCACACCAGCGAGGUGACCGUCCACAAGCUGAAAGAGGAGAUCAACGAGGCCGCCAACCGCCUCAGCUUCCUCCUGGACUACGCCACCCUGUCUCGUGCGUACUGGAGGAUCUCCGCCAAUAGUUGUUUACAGUUGGGGAUUUGGGCAUAUAAUUGAGAUGCAUAGAGUAGAUAUGUCGUUUGGUCAUGUAGAGUAGUCGUUCUAGGAAUCACAUUUCUGAAAUGGUAUUUAAAUGGGAAAAUCUUAUGGAUCUCAAAGGUGUUAUCCAGAAGAUUUCAAUUGAAUUGAAUUGAAAUCUUAUGGAUAAUGCCUUUUAAGUGUUAUUGCUUAUUGUGGUGGAGGUUUUGCAUGUUUAAUGCUAUACCUACCAUGAUAUCUCUGUGCUCUCUCUCUCUCUCCAGACGAUGAUGUGAAGUUGAACAGCAGUGUGUUCCACUGGCCAGAGCAGAUCCAGGCUGUGUUUGAGAUCAGUAAGAGCCGUCUGGCCACCAGGAGAGAACAUGCAGAGGACCACCUCCUCAAGAGGUAGCUACACACCAGUACACAAUGACAGUCCUAACCCUAAUAAGGCUAAUCCUCAUCCCGAACCAUCAUGUCAACUUUACAACCGGGACCUCCAAAACUUGCAUGGAGACAUCUUCUUUUCUCUUCUCUUUUCUUUCACUUCUUUCUCUCUCCCAUCUCUCUCCUCUUCUCUAUCGCUCUCUCUCUCUCUCUCGCUUUCCCUGCCCUCUUUCUCUUCACACUCUUCAAACUUCACCGUAAUGGCCUAAUCCUCUUCGUAAAAUACACACUAAGCCAAAACAGAAAUACUAGACCAAAACCAUAAACGUCUUAUAGUCUCAUACUGAGUCUCCUGUCUCUCCUCGUCAGGAUAGCAGAGUUUGACCAGAUGUUGCAGUGUGUGAGGAAGGAGGUGGAGGCCUUCAAGAAGAAAGAGCUGAUGAGUCUGGAGGAGAUGAAAAACAACGUGGAGAAGCUCAACGAGCUCACCUCCCGUCUGGAUGCCGCCGUCACCGAACUGGACGUGAGUGAAAGGAGAAUCAGACAGUGGUUCAAACUGAAUUGUUUUUUUUUCUGUUUAUGAAUUGUUUCACUUCACUGAUUCAGUUGGGACCUGCCUUCACUGAAACUGCUUGUGUUGAGGAGCAUUAUGCGAAACGAAUAUGUCAGCGAUCGGAUCACCUUCUGAGUUUUGUUGCUUUGUUGCUGCUUUUGCUACUGAAUGACCUGAAUGACUUUCAUAUGGUAUUGGUUUGUCACCUUCUCCUGUCACCUCCAGGACAUCAACAAAGAGGAGUCUCUGCUGGAGAAGGAGCAGAGCCAGUUCCCCAUGCUGCAGACGCUGAUGGGCAACAAGCAGCCCUAUGACCAGCUGUGGACCAACGCCCUCAACUUCCAGAACAAAUCAGAGAUCUGGAUGAACGGUACAGAACUACACACAGGCCAUGUUGUAAAAAAUACAAAACAAAAUCUGUCCCUCUAAAGAUGUAUCAUAGUUUUAUGAUAAAUGUCAACUGAUAUUACAACAUUACAGUUCCACGCAUAAGAUUUUUGAUAGAAAGAGCUGCCGUAAUAACUACACUACCAGUCAAAAGUUUGGACACACCUACUUAUUCCAGGGUCUUUCUUUAUUUUUACAUCAAAACUGAGACAUCAAAACUGGUUGAGAGAAUGCCAAGAGUGUGCAAAGCUGUCAUCAAGGCAAAGGGUGGCUAUUUGAAGAAUCUCAAAUAUAAAAUAUAUUUUGAUUUGUUUAACACGUUUUUGGUUACUACAUGAUUCCAUAUGUGUUAUUUCAUAGUUUUGAUGUCUUCACUAUUAUUCUACAAUGUAGAAAAUAGUAGAAAAUAAAGAAAAACCCUUGAAUGAUUAGGUGUGUCCAAACUUUUGACUGGUACUGUAUAUAUUUUGUUUCUACACAUUGCGGUCCGAAACGAUUGUUUGCUUACUUGUUUGUGUACUUUCUCACCUUGCGCCUCACUCCCCAGGUCCUUUCCUCCACCUGAAUGCUGAGAAGAUCUCAGAAGAGCUGGUCACUAUGUGGAGGACAGUGUACAAGCUGACCAAGUCCUUCUCCGACCUGCCAGGGCCGCGCCGCGUGGCCGACAGCUUCAAGAUCAAGAUCGACAAGUUCAAGCAGCACCUUCCCAUCCUCACCACCAUCUGUAAUCCAGGCAUCAAGGACCGUCACUGGGAAACGGUCAGUACCAUAACCCUGCCUCUCUGGAGCUCUAAAGCAGAGCACCAACACUCAACCAGGAGACAGAAUAUCAUGUGUUUUUAACGAUUGAUGUACGAUAACACAUUACAAAACGGUGUCAGCUUGAUCUAAAAUUGGAGUAAGUCUGAAAACGGAUCAUAAAAUACGUUAAAAUAUGUUAUUAUCAUAAACAUAGUCAGUAGCCACAGUACAACCCUUAUCAGUACCAGACAGAGUCCUGCAUACCUGUGAUCUAUGAAGGUGAAUAAUUGAUGCUUCUCUGUGUCCAGAUCAGCACCAUCGUGGGCUUCGAUGUCAAGCCAGAUGUGGACACCUCACUGUUUAACAUGGUAGAGCUGGGCCUGUCCAAGUUCUCCGACAAGUAAGAACCCCUCAUUCCUACACUACACUCUGCCUUAGCAUUGCGAUAGAUAGGAGGGGCUUCUAAGGCACUGAAAUCCGAACAAUUGUUGGUGAGAAACAGGGACUGUAUUGGUGGUUUAUUACCAGAAUGAGAUUCAAUGUGUUAUACUGUUAUAUUUCUUUUGAUAUUUGAUCUUUGAUCUUUGAAUAGAGAGUGUGAUAUUGAGUGAUGAUUAGGGCCGGGGUGAUACCAGUAUCGCUAUACUCGUUAAUACCGUGGCAAGGAAACAAAACACGAAGCAGAUUUUACUUCUUUAGGAAACCAGCCCUAUUGUUGGAAACAAACAUCAUUAUGUUGUCAUCCAGAGUCACAUUCAUUUAUUUUCCAAGCUAUAGCACACAAUAUUUGACAUACAUCAGGUUUAUAACGGACCAAAGAGUUUGGUCUGCUUCAUGUUUUCAUUUUUGCCAUGGAAAGAAUAUUGCGAUACUGGUAUUGUCCCAGCCCUAGUGAUAUUACAGUUUUCAGUGGAUUUCUGCUCUUUUCCAUAAAUGUGUUAUGUUGUGAUUUACUGUACAAUGUGAAGAUGUAUCUAGCAUGACUUUUCCUCCCUCAACUCUCAGGCUUGAGGAGAUAGGGGCGUCGGCCAGUAAGGAGUACUCUCUGGAGAAGGCCAUGGAGAAAAUGAAGACCGAAUGGGCUGAGCUCCACUUUGCCUUCACUGCCUACAGAGACACGGUAAGCAGCAGCAGACACACAAAUGCACACACACACACACACACACAGUAUUAACUAAUUACAGAAUUUGUCGUCUGGACUUUUAAAUUAUUAAGAAGUAACCAAGUAUGCCAAUAAUAGAUACUAUUACAUCCUAGACAGGAUCAACUUACUAAAAGGCCCAAUACAGCCAUUUUUCUCUCAAUAUCAAAUCAUUUCUGGGUAACAAUUAUGUACCUUAUUGUGAUUGUUUUCAAAUAGCUUCUUAGCAAGAGCAAUUUCUCAAGCAAGAACUUUGCUAGGACUGUCUGGGAGUGGUGUGAGUGGGAGGGGUAAACUGAAAAUGAGCUGUUAUUGGCAGAGAGUUUUGGAACUCUCUUAUUGGUCUAUUAACUAAUUUACCACCUGGUGAUCAAUCAAUUCAAUCAAUUUUAUUUUAUAUAGCCCUUCUUACAUCAGCUAAUAUCUCGAAGUGCUGUACAGAAACCCAGCCUAAAACCCCAAACAGCUAGUAAUGCAGGUGUAGAAGCAUCAGGUAGGCCAAACCAUGCGAGGGUCACCCUUCAUCAAGCCCAUAGAGGCUGACUGUAAGGUAGGAUCAUCACACUGCACAUAUAAUCUCUGGUCCACUGGAUUGGGUGACAUCCCAAUCCAGUGUCAUCAGGUAGGCCAAAACUCCCACCAAAACAAACAGCUCUUACACUAAAUGGCCAUUAUCAUCAUGUUCACAAUUGUACAGUAUUAUUCCAACCUCAUAGUGUGGAAAUAUAUAUAAAACUUUUUUUACUGCACUGGGCCUUUAAUAGGCCACACUGGCUCAGUUUGAUGUGUGCUGAAUUAUGUUGUGUGUGGAUAGAAGCCAUCUCUUAUUCUGCAUGUGUGUGUGUGUGUGUGUGUGUGUGUGUGUGCGUGUGUAGGGUACGAGCAUUGUAUCUGCAGUGGACGACAUCCAAGUGCUCCUAGACGACCACGUCAUCAAGACCCAGACCAUGCGAGGGUCACCCUUCAUCAAGCCCAUAGAGGCUGACUGUAAGGUAGGAUCAUCACACUGCACAUAUAAUCUCUGGUCCACUGGAUUGGGUGACAUCCCAGUUGAGAUCAUUCAUGGCCAUGUAAAUUGAUAUGAGCCAAUGUUCUCCUGUGCUCCUGUAAUGUACGUUCGUAUUGUACAUUCAUUCUAAGGGUUUUUAAAUCUUUCUGUGUUUCUCACUCCCUCUUUCUUCUCCGUUUCUCUUAUACCUCUCUCACUUUCUUUAUCCUUUUCACUUAAAUCUCAAAUCUCUAUUUUCCCUUCUUCCCGUAUUCUCAGCAAUGGGAGGAAAAGUUGCUGAUGAUGCAGGACAUCUUGGACUCCAUGUUGAAGUGUCAGGCUACCUGGCUCUAUCUGGAGCCCAUCUUCAGCUCUGAGGACAUCAUCGCCCAGAUGCCUGAGGAGGGACGCAAGUUUGCCAUCGUGGACCGAUACUGGAAAGAUAUCAUCGCUGAGGCGGUGAGACACACAUACCCACAAAAUGACUGUGUGUGUGUGUGUGUGUGUGUGUGUGUGUGUGUGUGUGUGUGUGUGUGUGUGUGUGUGUGUGUGUGUGUGUGUGUGUGUGUGUGUGUGUGUGUGUGUGUGUGUGUGUGUGUGCGUGUACAGUUGUCACGUUCGUUGACGGACGGGACGGACUAAGGCGCAGCGUGAUAUGCGUACAUGUUUAUUUUAACUUAAUAAACAACACGACAAAACAACAAACGAAACGAAACGAAACGAAACGUGAAGUCCAAGGUAGAACACAAAACAUACCUUAAACGGAACAAGAUCCCACAACCCACUAGUGCCAAUAGGCUACCUAAGUAUGGUUCCCAAUCAGAGACAACGAGCGACAGCUGCCUCUGAUUGGGAACCACACCGGCCAAGAUAGAUCUAGACGAUCUAGAUCUAAACCUAGAAAAUACAACAUAGAACAUACUACACAGAAAAUACACACCCUGACUCAACAAAUACGAGUCCCCAGAGUCAGGGCGUGACAACAGUACCAGUGAAAGGUUUGGACACACCUACUCAUUCCAUGGUUUUUCUUUAUUUUUAGUAUUUUCUACAUUGUAGAAUAAUAGGGAAGACAUCAAAACUAUGAAAUAACACAUAUGGAAUCAUAUAGUAAGCAAAAAAGUGCUAAACAAAUCAGAAUAUAUUUUAUAUUUGAGAUUCUUCAAAGUAGCCACCCUUUGCCUUGAUGACAGCUUUGCACACUCUUGGCAUUCUCUCAACCAGAUUCAUGAGGUAGUCACCUGGAAUGCAUUUCAAUUAACAGGUGUGCCUUGUUAAAAGUUAAUUUGUGGAAUUUCUUUCCUUCUUAAUGCGUUUGAGCCAAUCAGUUAUGUUGUGACAAGGUAGGGGUGGUAUACAGAAGAUAGCCCUAUUUUGUAAAAUAUCAAGUCCAUAUUAUGGCAAGAACAGCUCAAAUAAGCAAAGAGAAACGACAGUCCAUCAUUACUUUAAGACAUGAAGAUCAGUGAAUCUGGAAAAUUUCAAGAACUUUUAAAGUUUCUUCAAGUGCAGUCGCAAAAACCAUCAAGCGCUAUGAUGAAACUGGCUCUCAUGAGGACCGCCACAGGAAUGGAAGACCCAGAGUUACCUCUGCUGCAGAGGAUAAGUUCAUUAGAGUUACCAGCCUCAGAAAUUGCAGCCCAAAUAAAUGCUCCACAGAGUUCAAGUAACAGACACAUCUCAACAUCAACUGUUCAGAGGAGACUGCGUGAAUCAGGCCUUCAUGGUCGAAUUGCUGCAAAGAAACCACUACUAAAGGACACCAAUAAGAAGAAGAGACUUGCUUGGGCCAAGAAACACGAGCAAUGGACAUUAGACCGGUGGAAAUCAGUCCUUUGGUGUGAUGAGUCCAGAUUUGAGAUUUUUGGUUCCAAUAGCCGUGUCUUUGUGAGAUGCAGAGUAGGUGAACAGAUUAUCUCCGCAUGUGUGGUUCCCACCGUGAAGCAUGGAGGAGGAGGUGUGAUGUGUGGGGGUGCUUUGCUGGUGACACUGUCUGUGAUGUAUUUAGAAUUCAAGGCACACUUAACCAGCAUGGCUACCACAGCAUUCUGCAGCGAUACGCCAUCCCAUCUGGUUUGCACUUAGUGGGACUAUCAUUUGUUUUUCAACAGGACAAUGACCCAACACACCUCCAGGCUGUGUAAGGGCUAUUUGACCAAGAAGGAGAGUGAUGGAGUGCUGCAUCACAUGACCUGGCCUCCACAAUCACCCGACCUCAACCAAAUUGAGAUGGUUUGGGAUAAGUUGGACCGCAGAGUGAAGGAAAAGCAGCCAACAAGUGCUCAGCAUAUGUGGGAACUCCUUCAUGACUGUUGGAAAAGCAUUCCAGGUGAAGCUGGUUGAGAGAAUGCCAAGAGUGUGCAAAGCUGUCAUCAAGGCAAAUUUGAUUUGUUUAACACUUUUUACUACAUGAUUCCAUAUGUGUUAUUUCAUAGUUUUGAUGUCUUCACUAUUAUUCUACAAUGUAGAAAAUAGUAAAAAUAAAGAAAAACCCUUGAAUGAGUAGGUGUGUCCAAACUUUUGACUGGUACUGUAUGUGUGCAUAUAUGUGUGUGUGGGGAUUUCCUUAUCUUGACCAAUACCCUGUAUGUUUUUUUCAGAUGAAGGACACGCGUGUGCUGGUGGCCACAGACCAGGCCAACAUGCUGGGCCGUCUCGAGGAGGCCAAUGUAUUUCUGGAGGACAUCCAGAGAGGCCUCAACACCUACCUGGAGAAAAAGAGACUCUACUUCCCCAGGUAACUCUAACAACCAUUAACAUUCUCUCAGAAAUUGCCUGUCACUUUGACAUAGUCUUAAUUAUAAGUACCACUGUAGUUAAAAUUAAGAGAUUAAGAUAUAAGCACCACUGUAUGUUAAUGCUCACAUGAAAUUUGUGCAUUUGAGCAUUUGCGUCAAUCAUGUAUUCAUGUCAAUGGGAGACUUGUGAGUUAAGAUUGUGUAUCCCAUUUAGCCCUUGAAGAUUCAGGCCCUUGGAGAACUGUCAGUGCAACUGAUUUAGUGUUUAACUGAUCAAUCUCAAUUCAAUUCCAUCACAAUGAAUGGCUUAUGCUCAAUCCAAAAUGCAAUGAGUCUGAGGAUGUGUCCGAAAAAGCACCCUAUUCCCUUUAUAGUGCACUACAUAGGGAAUAGGCUGCCAUCUCGGACUCACCUCUGACUGAAUGUGAUCCACAGGUUCUUCUUCCUGUCCAACGAUGAGUUGCUGGAGAUCCUGUCAGAGACAAAGGACCCGAGGCGCGUCCAGCCCCACCUGAAGAAGUGCUUCGAGGGCAUCGCCAAGCUGGAGUUCACCGAGGACAUGGAGAUCACUGGCAUGAUCAGCUCUGAGAAGGAGUUAGUGCCGUUUAGCACCAACCUCUACCCUGCCAAAGCUAAGGUACUAUUGUAGGACACACACACACACGCAGGCACACACACACACCCACACACUCUGAUGGGAUUGUGUGGUGUGGUCCCAUGCAGGGUAUGGUGGAGAAGUGGCUACAGCAGGUGGAGAGCAUGAUGAUGACCAGCGUUAGAGAUGUCAUCCACAAAGGAGUGGACCAGUAUGUCGAGGUACAUUAAAGACAUAAAUAAAAAAAUUGAAAUAUGAAAUGUUUUUGGACAGUUACACUUCAAAUGUACUUUUUUUUAGUAUUUUUGUUUUUUACUCAUGAUUAUUUUGCAGGUCCCCAGGAAAAAGUGGGUGUUGCAGUGGCCUGGUCAGGUUGUCAUCUGUGCCUCGUCCAUUUUCUGGACCAGUGAGGUCUCUGAGGCCAUCAAGACCAAUACCCUGCACGUGAGUCACAUAAUACAUAGUAUUACCGAAGACAGUACAGUAUGAAUAUAGGCAGAAACUGCUUCUCCAAUAGAAAUCCCCGAUCACUCUUGUAGGCGAUGUCAAGGCGAUGUUGGAUAGCUAAGCUCAUGCGCAGAAACACGUCAUUGGGUGUAACCGUCAUCUCGUUUUGAACUCUGCAUGUGCAGGCCGUCAAAUCAAAGGCACGCCUUCGAUAUAAAGUUGUUUAUGACUCAAAUAAAAACGUGUCAGUUUGUCAAUUUCACCAGGUUGGAGUAAUAACAUGUUCAACUGCUAAAGACAUUGGCUGUAAUCUAGGUUGUGCCUUUAGAUAUCGAGAAAAUGAACAACUAAGUAAGAAUGUUUCACUUCUCUCAUUGACUUCUCUAACCACAAACCCCGGCCUGGUCUGCUUGGUCUGCUUCGCAAUCGUUCCUCGAAGUCUCGCGAUGUUGCGCCUCUGGGUUUAGAAACUCUGUGGUAUUACUCUACAUCCUUAUUCACCUAAUGUAGCCCCGCCCACUUGACCCAGUUCCUGAUGAAACACUGUUGUCUUUCAACUUCCCUCUAAUUAAUUAAUACAUUAUAUUGUCACCAUCUGUUGUAAUUGAAUGUAUAUGUUGAUCUAUUCUAAGGCCUAUGUGGAUAAGAGCAAUGCCCAAAUAGCUGACAUUGUGGAGCUGGUGCGUGGGAAGCUGAAUGGAGGGGCCAGAAUGACCUUAGGAUCUCUCACUGUCAUUGAUGUCCACGGUAUGUCCCACUUUUUCCUUUAUAUUAGUUCUUCUUCUUCUUCUUCUUCUUCUUCUUCUUCUUCUUCUUCUUCUUCUUCUUCUUCUUCUUCUUCUUCUUCUUCUUCUUCGUACAGCCCAGAGGAAGUCAGUGCCAAAUCUCUCACACACACUCAUUUUCUCACUCACACACUCUCCUCUCUCUCCCAGCUCGGGACGUGGUAGCUAAACUGGCUGAGGACCGUAUCUCCUCCCUGAAUGACUUCUCCUGGAUCAGUCAGCUGAGGUACUUUUGGGAGGACGGAGACGUGCGCCUGCGUAUGAUCACCACCACUGUCAAGUACGGCUACGAGUACCUGGGAAACUCCGGCCGUCUGGUCAUCACCCCACUCACUGACCGCUGCUAUAGGUCAGUCAUUAGCUGUAACCACGACUUGGUUGACUUACCACUAACUUAGUCAUGAACCGACCAUGACCAUGGUUAUAAUGCAAUGAUACUGUACAUACAUGGGCACAUAUGCUAUUCCAUAAGGAUAUUGAAAUGCACUGUAUGUCAAUGAAAAGAAAACAGUCAUGUCAUAUUGGAGGUGGCAUGUUAUGUGUUCCCAUAGGACACUGAUGGGUGCUCUGAAGCUUAACCUGGGAGGAGCCCCAGAGGGACCUGCAGGCACAGGCAAGACUGAGACCACCAAGGAUCUGGCCAAAGCCCUGGCUAAGCAGGUACAUGAUAAUGCAUUACUGUGUCUUGACUUUCACCCAAAGCUAACAGAUAGUGUUUACCUGUGUUUGGUCAGUCUUCAGGUAUCAUAUUUAAUUGCAUUCAUUCACUACAAUUUGAUUUGUUAUGUCUUGUUCUUUGCUUCUCUCAGUGUGUGGUGUUCAACUGCUCUGAUGGCCUGGACUACAAGGCCAUGAGUAAGUUCUUCAAAGGACUGGCACAAUCCGGGGCUUGGGCCUGCUUCGACGAGUUCAACCGAAUCGAAGUGGAGGUGCUGUCUGUGGUGGCCCAGCAGGUGCUGAGUAUCCAGCAGGCCAUCGCCAGGGACCUGAAGACCUUCAUGUUCGAGGGGACCGAGUUGUCCCUCAAUCCCACUUGCUCAGUCUUCAUCACUAUGAACCCUGGCUACGCAGGCAGGGCCGAGCUCCCAGACAACCUCAAGGUACUGUACACAUACUACUGACUAUAGGAUCAACAGUAGUUAUUUGAAACUUAAAGGGAUAGGUCACAAUUUACAUUGUAUAGUUAAACUAGUUUAGCAUUAGGAUUGUUGCAAGAAAAACAAUAAGAAUCUUCUCUUGCAGGUUCUUUUCCGUACGGUGGCUAUGAUGGUGCCUGACUACGGUCUCAUUGGUGAGAUCUCACUUUACUCCGUGGGUUUUAUCGAGUCUCGCAGGUAUGAAUCAUACUGAUAUAUAACUAAUCUACUGUGGUUGUCUAGUCAUACAUAGUUCUCUAACUCCUCACAUUGACUAAAUAAACUCCCUUUCCUGGUGUUCCUAUCAGUCUUGCCGGGAAGAUUGUGGCCACCUACCGCCUGUGUUCAGAGCAGCUGUCCUCGCAGCAUCACUACGACUAUGGUAUGCGUGCCGUGAAAUCAGUCCUGACUGCCGCGGGGAACCUAAAACUGAAGUACCCAAAGGAGAACGAGAGUGUUCUGCUGCUCAGAGCACUGAUGGACGUCAACAUGGCCAAGUUUCUGGCCCAGGAUGUGCCUCUGUUUCAAGUAAUGUCGCUUAUGUUUCAGCAUUCUUCAGCUUUGUCACACUUCUUGUUGAUAACGCAACUGAUUUGGUAUACCCUGAUUUUGUAUAUCUUAUCGGGCUGUUUUUUACAGGAUUUCUCUAUCUAGGUAACCAAUGUCAUCAUUGUCACACAGCAAAUUCUCCAGUGUUAAUUCAACGCUGAGAGUUAAAUUUAACACAGUUCCAGUGUCUAUACGGGUCCACACUUUUCAGUAUUAAAUUACCACUUUGCUUAGUGUAAAGCCUUAUUUGCAUUUCCCAGUGUGCCUUGCCUUUCGACUGAAUUGUAGAGUGACCACCCAUGACUGUAUUUGUUAGUGACAGAGAAAUGGUGGUUGCAUUCAUUAAUGUUCAGUCCUGUGGCCUUUACCAGGUGAGAUCCUAAGCAAAUACGUUAUAAUUAAAAUGUGAUUAUUACAAUACAUAUUUCAUAAGGCCUUAUUUUGAGGGCCUAGUUUUACCCUAACACAGUGGCCUCAAACUCAUGGUUUACAGGCCACAUCAAGUCACAUUAUGCUGGCUUGCAAAGUGAUGUGUAAUUCCUAUUAGAAUCCAGCCAGAGUGGGGAUAUCAAAUAUUUGGAAUUUGUAUUCACCCACGACCUGCAUUCAGAAUGACUACCAGGGUUGGGAAGAAUAAGAUAUGAGACUACCUAAAGCAUCUAAACUGGAACAACCAUUUCAGUAACGGGUGCAAUAUGUCCAAGUAACAGAUUGGAUUAGUUUAGAAAAAUGUACACUACCUUUCAAAAGUUUGGGGUCACUUAGAAAUGUCCUUGUUUUCGAAAGAAAAGCAAUUAUUUUGUCCAUUAAAAUAACAUCAAAUUGAUCAGAAAUACAGUGUAGACAUUGUUAAUGUUGUAAAUGGCUAUUGUAGCUGGAAACGACUGAUUUCUAAUGGAAUAUCUACAUCAGACUGUGUUCCAAUGGCACGUUGUGUUUGCUUAAAGGCUAAUUGAUCAUUAGAAAACCCUUUUGCAAUUAUGUUAGCACAGCUGAAAACUGUGCUGAUUAAGGAAGCAAUAAAACUGGCCUUCUUGAGACUAGUUGAGUAUCUGGAGCACCAGCAAUUGUGGGUUCGAUUACAGGCUCAAAAUGGCCAGAAACAAAGAACUUUCUUCUGAAACUCGUCAGUCUAUUCUUGUUCUGAGAAAUGAAGGUUAUUCCAUGCGAGAAAUUGCCAAGAAACUGAAGAUCUCAUACAACGCUGUGUACUACUCCCUUCACAGAACAGUGCAAACUGGCUCUAACCAGAAUAGAAAGAGGAGUGGGAGGCCCCGGUGCACAACUGAGCAAGAGGACAAAUACAUUAGAGUGUCUAGUUUGAGAAACCGACGCCUCACAGGUCCUCAUGUCACGAACGUUAACGGAUGAGACGGACCAAGGCGCAGAGUGAUAAGCGUACAUGUUUAUUUAAGUACUGAACACCCGACAAAACAACAAACAAACGCUACGUGAAGUCCAAGGUAACAUACAAACACCAUACCUUACACGGGAACAAGAUCCCACAACUAACUGGUGCCAACAAGCUGCCAAAGUAUGGGCCCCAAUCAGAGACAACGAGCUACAGCUGCCUCUGAUUGGGAACCACCCUGGCCAACAUAGAUCUACACGAUCUAGACACUAAACAUAGAAAACUUAACAUAGAAACUACAACCCUGGCUCAACAUUUAAGAGUCCCCAGAGCCAGGGCGUGACAGUACCCCCCCCCCCCAAAGGUGCGGACUCCGACCGCGCCCCAUAAACAUAACAGGGUAGGGGCCGGGUGGGCAUUCCGCCUCGGAGGCGGAUCCGGCUCCGGGCGUGACCACCACUUUCUCUCGACCUCCCUAUUGCGCCCCUGGUCUGGUCUGGACCUCGGCGCGCUGCUUCCCCUCUCCUUCCUCCCACGAAGUACCAAGCCCUGUCUGGACCCUGGUGUGGGAGACCCCGAACCUGGAGAGGGGCUGACGUCUGGGUCUGGACUGGCACCGCUGACUGGAGCUGGACCCGACGACGGUGGAUCGAACUGCACAGGCUCCGGACUAGAGCCGCUGACCGGAGCUGGACUGGGCACCGGUGGAGCGGACUUCUCUGGCUCCGGAGUGGAGCGGCUGACCGGAGCUGGACUGGACCCCGGUGGAGCGGAUUGCUCUGGCUCCGGAGAGGAUCCGCUGACUGGAGUUGGACCGGAUCCCGGUGGAGCGGAUUGCUCUGGCUCCGGCGUGGAGCAGCUGACCGGUGCCGGACCAGGCACUGGUGGAACAGGCACGGGCCGUGCCGGACUGGACACACGCACCACUGGCUUGGUGCGGGGAGCAGGAACGGGCUGGACCGGGCUGACGACGCGCACCACUGGUUUGGUGCGGGGAGCAGGAACGGGCCGUACCGGGCUGACGACGCGCACCACUGGCUUGGUGCGGGGAGUAGGAACGGGCCGGACCGGGCUGACGACGCGCACCACUGGCUUGGUGCGGGGAGCAGGAACGGGCCGGACCGGGCUGACGACGCGCACCACUGGCUUGGUGCGGGGAGCAGGAACGGGCCGGACCGGGCUGACGACGCGCACCACUGGUUUGGUGCGAGGGGCAGGAACAGGCCGGGCCGUGCUAGCGACGCGCACCACUGGUUUGGUGCGGGGGGCAGGAACAGGCCGGGCCGGGCUGGCGACGCGCACCACUGGUUUGGUGCGGGGGGCAGGAACAGGCCGGGCCGGGCUGGCGACGCGGACCACUGGUUUGGUGCGAGGGGCAGGAACAGGCCGGGCCGGGCUGGCGACGCGCACCACUGGUUUGGUGCGAGAGCAGGAACAGGCCGGGCCGGGCUGGCGACGCGCACCACUGGUUUGGUGCGAGGGGCAGGAACAGGCCGGACCGGGCUGGCGACGCGCACCAUUGGCUUGAUGCGAGGAGCAGGAACAGGCCGGACCGGGCUGGCGACGCGCACCACUGGCUUGAUGCGAGGAGCAGGAACGGGCCGGACCGUACUGGGAACACACACCACUGGCUUAGUGCGAGGAGCAGGAACGGGUCGGGCCGUACUGGGAACACGCACCACUGGCUUAGUGCGGGGAGCAGCAACGGGCCGGACCGUACUGGGAACACACACCACUGGCCUUGUGCGGGAAGCAGGAAUGGGUCGGGCCGUACUGGGAACACGCACCACUGGCUUAGUGCGGGGAUCAGGAACGGGCCGGACCGGACUGGCGACACACACCACUUGCUUGGUGCGAGGAGCGGGACUGGGUUCCCUUAUAAACCCCCGCUCCUUCUGCUGCCUAACCAGCUCCUCUCGCCGUGCCUCUACACUCUCCUUCUCCCUUAUAGCCUCCUGUAGCUCCUCCCUCUGACCACAUAACUCCUGUUCCCUCUGGACCAAUAGCCCCCGUAACCUGGUGGCCUCCUCUCCUAACCUGCAGAUUCGCCCUGUCGCUGCCUCCUGCUGCCUCGUCGUCCACACCGUGUGCCCCCCCAAAAAUUUUUAUUGGGGUUGCCUCUCGGGUCUCCGUCGUCGGCGCUGUUGGCGCCGUUUCUCCUCUCCUACCUGGGCAUCCUCAUUCAUCGCCCUCCGGUAACGGACGGCCUCCUCCUCCGUGAUUCUCCCCCAACCGAGGAGGACAUCUACUAACGUUACCUCCUGUUUAAUUCCCGGCGUUUGCUCCUGAACACGCUGCUUGGUCCUAUUUUGGUGGGAUCUUCUGUCACGAACGUUAACGGAUGAGACGGACCAAGGCGCAGCGUGAUAAGCGUACAUUUUUAUUUAAGUACUGAACACCCGACAAAACAACAAAUAAACGCUACGUGAAGUCCAAGGUAACAUACAAACACCAUACCUUACACGGAACAAGAUCCCACAACUAACUGGUGCCAACAAGCUGCCUAAGUAUGGUCCCCAAUCAGAGACAACGAGCUACAGCUGCCUCUGAUUGGGAACCACCCUGGCCAACAUAGAUCUACACGAUCUAGACACUAAACAUAGAAAACUUAACAUAGAAACUACAACCCUGGCUCAACAUUUAAGAGUCCCCAGAGCCAGGGUGUGACACCUCAACUGGCAGCUUCAUUAAAUAGUACCCACAAAACACCAGUCUCAACGUCAACAGUGAAGAGGCAACUCCGGGAUGCUGACCUUCUAGGCAGAGUUGCAAAGAAAAAGCCAUAUCUCAGACUGGCCAAUAAAAAGAAAAGAUGGGCGAAAGAACACAGACACUGGACAGAGGAAGAUUGGAAAAAAGUGUUAUGGACAGACAAAUCAAAGUUUGAGGUGUUCGGAUCACAAAGAAGAACAUUUGUGAGACGCAGACCAAAUGAAAAGAUGCUGGAGGAGUGCUUGAUGCCAUCUGUCAAGCAUGGUGGAGGCAAUGUGAUGGUCUGUGGAGCUUUGGUGGUGGUAAAGUGGGAGAUUUGUACAGGGUAAAAGGGAUCUUGAAGAAGGAAGGCUAUCACUCCAUUUUGCAACGCCAUGCCAUACCCUGUGGACAGCGCUUGAUUGGAGCCAAUUUCCUCCUACAACAGGACAAUGACCCAAAGCACAGCUCCAAACUAUGCAAUAACUAUUUAGGGAAGAAGCAGUCAGCUGGUAUUCUGUCUAUAAUGGAGUGGCCAGCACAGUCACCGGAUCUCAACCCUAUUGAGCUGUUGUGGGAGCAGCUUGACCGUAUGGUACGUAAGAAGUGCCCAUCAAGCCAAUUCAACUUGUAGGAGGUGUUUCAGGAAGCAUGGGGUGAAAUCUCUUCAGAUUACCUCAACAAAUGGACAACUAGAAUGCCAAAGGUCUGCAAGUCUGUAAUUGCUGCAAAUGGAGGAUUCUUUGACGAAAGCAAAGUUUGAAGGAAACAAUUAUUAUUUCAAUUAAAAAUCAUUAUUUCUAACCUUGUCAAUGACUACAUUUCCUAUUCAUUUUGCUAUAUUUCCUAUUCAAUCUCAUUUCAUGGAUGUUUUCAUGGAAAACAAGGACAUUUCUAAGUGACCCCAAACUUUUGAACGGUAGUAUAUGUUAUUUAUAUUUGAGUAGCAUAAGAUUAAUUAAUCAAUCAAUGUACAUGCAAAAACAUAGAUAUUGAAAUAAACAAUUCUAAAAAUGAACCUGCAAUAGAGCAUGCUGGGAAAUAUGAUAAUGAUGGGUGUGGUUUUAGUUCAACUCUGGUUAUUAAAUCCAACACUGAGGUUAAUUUACACCAAUAAGUGCUAAUUUAACAUUUACAGAGAGAAUUGCACUCCGGAAUCAACACUAGAAAUGUUACACUGAAAAAUCAACACUAGGUAACACUGGCCAAUUUGCUAUGCACCAAUGUCAUCAUUAUAAACUGAGUAAUUUUAUGCUUCUCCACAGAAGCUAAUUCUGUCAGAGCUUUCUUAGCUUUUCACCUGUUAGUUCACAUUUUAACUUGUCUGUCAUAUCUCUCACACUUUCACACAUGACUGUAUGCUUGAAUUGUAUACAUAGGGUAUCAUAUCGGAUCUUUUCCCUGGAGUGGUCCUUCCCAAACCAGACUACGAGCUUCUCAUGCAGGCCCUGAAUGACAACAUCACCAAGCUCCAGCUCCAGCCUGUGCCCUGGUUCAUCGGCAAAAUCAUCCAGGUAAUCCAAAACAAAAUGCCAGCAUUUCUAUGUCCUUCUCAGUGUCACUGAUACCUCAACCUCACCUAUUUUCUACGAAAUUGUGGUUAAAUAAGGAACAAUGCUGUAAGAACUUCUCCCUUUGGUUCUUUUGUGUUGAUAGGUGUAUGAUAUGAUGCUGGUGCGUCAUGGUUUCAUGAUCGUGGGAGACCCUCUGGGUGGGAAGACCUCUGCCUAUAAAGUCCUGGCUGGGGCCUUGGGUGAUCUGUUUGAAGGUUAGUCCUACCAGGCAGCAACUUUAUGACAUCGAAAGUCCACAUUAUCAAGCCAAAAGUAGUGCCAGUUUUGGUAACAACAAAUAAAUUGCACCAAAAUAUGAUGAUACCCACUCUAUACAGUGGGGAAAAAAAGUAUUUAGUCAGCCACCAAUUGUGCAAGUUCUCCCACUUAAAAAGAUGAGAGAGGCCUGUAAUUUUCAUCAUAGGUACACGUAAACUAUGACAGACAAAUUGAGGAAAAAGAAUCCAGAAAAUAACAUUGUAGGAUUUUUAAUGAAUUUAUUUGCAAAUUAUGGUGGAAAAUAAGUAUUUGGUCACCUACAAACAAGCAAGAUUUCUGGCUCUCACAGACCUGUAACUUCUUCUUUAAGAGGCUCCUCAGUCCUCCACUCAUUACCUGUAUUAAUGGCACCUGUUUGAACUUGUUAUCAGUAUAAAAGACACCUGUCCACAACCUCAAACAGUCACACUCCAAACUCCACUAUGGCCAAGACCAAAGAGCUGUCAAAGGACACCAGAAACAAAAUUGUAGACCUGCACCAGGCUGGGAAGACUGAAUCUGCAAUAGGUAAGCAGCUUGGUUUGAAGAAAUCAACUGUGGGAGCAAUUAUUAGGAAAUGGAAGACAUACAAGACCACUGAUAAUCUCCCUCGAUCUGGGGCUCCACGCAAGAUCUCACCCCGUGGGGUCAAAAUGAUCACAAGAACGGUGAGCAAAAAUCCCAGAACCACACGGGGGGACCUAGUGAAUGACCUGCAGAGAGCUGGGACCAAAGUAACAAAGCCUACCAUCAGUAAAACACUAUGCCGCCAGGGGCUCAAAUCCUGCAGUGCCAGACGUGUCCCCCUGCUUAAGCCAGUACAUGUCCAGGCCUGUCUGAAGUUUGCUAGAGUGCAUUUGGAUGAUCCAGAAGAGGAUUGGGAGAAUGUCAUAUGGUCCGAUGAAACCAAAAUAGAACUUUUUGGUAAAAACUCAACUCGUCGUGUUUGGAGGACAAUGAAUGCUGAGUUGCAUCCAAAGAACACCAUACCUACUGUGAAGCAUGGGGGUGGAAACAUCAUGCUUUGGGGCUGUUUUUCUGCAAAGGGACCAGGACGACUGAUCCGUGUAAAGGAAAGAAUGAAUGGGGCCAUGUAUCGUGACAUUUUGAGUGAAAACCUCCUUCCAUCAGCAAGGGCAUUGAAGAUGAAACGUGGCUGGGUCUUUCAGCAUGACAAUGAUCCCAAACACACCGCCCGGGCAACGAAGGAGUGGCUUCGUAAGAAGCAUUUCAAGGUCCUGGAGUGGCCUAGCCAGUCUCCAGAUCUCAACCUCAUAGAAAAUCUUUGGAGGGAAUUGAAAGUCCGUGUUGCCCAGCGACAGCCCCAAAACAUCACUGCUCUAGAGGAGAUCUGCAUGGAGGAAUGGGCCAAAAUACCAGCAACAGUGUGUGAAAACCUUGUGAAGACUUACAGAAAACGUUUGACCUGUGUCAUUGCCAACAAAGGGUAUAUAACAAAGUAUUGAGAAACUUUUGUUAUUGACCAAAUACUUAUUUUCCACCAUAAUUUGCAAAUAAAUUCAUAAAAAAUCCUACAAUGUGAUUUUCUGGAUUUUUUUUCCUCAUUUUGUCUGUCAUAGUUGAUGUGUACCUAUGAUGAAAAUUACAGGACUCUCUCAUCUUUUUAAGUGGGAGAACUUGCACAAUUGGUGGCUGACUAAAUACUUUUUUUUCCCCACUGUAUAUUCUAUUUUUACGGUCAUCAUGUUUCCAUCCUCUGGCAUCCUCUUUACCACCAGCUGGUCUGAUGGAGGAGUUUGCGGUCGACUACCGGAUCAUCAACCCCAAGGCCAUCACCAUGGGCCAGCUGUACGGUUGCUUCGACACUGUCAGCCACGAGUGGUCGGACGGGGUGCUGGCCGUCUCCUUCAGGGAGCAGGCCGUCUCCACCUCGGACGACCGCCAGUGGAUCCUCUUCGACGGGCCCAUCGACGCUGUGUGGAUCGAGAACAUGAACACAGUGCUGGACGACAACAAGAAGGUAGGGAGUUAGCUUCAUAAGCUAGGUUUACAUUCAAUUGGCAACAGAUUUUCAUGCAAAUAUUCUAAAAUCUACAUAAAAACAUUUUCCCGCCAGAGAUGUGUUAUUGAGGAUAAAAGGCCAAGCAUUGAUCAUCAUGUCACCAGAAUAAGACCCUCGAUAUUUAUUGGAAAGGAGCAUCAAGCUCAUCUCUGUGCACUUUCACCACCCUGUGAAGUUCAUCAUAACUUAUUUCAUCUGUAGCCUAAUAAACUGCAUGCUUUCCCGAGUCGUAGUGGGAGGACCACACAACAUAUAGUCGUGUGACUCAAAGUUUACUUCGAUAUGAUGGUUAUUAUAUCAAUAUUUGCGCAUAAAAGCACAAUUUCUCGCAUUAUUAAUUUUACCGACACAAAAAGAUCCCACCUUGUAGUAUUUCCAUAUCUUUUUUUAAAUCUCACAUUUACUUUACUCUCCUAAAAAGGUUGGAUGGAAAUCUGGUUAUAGAGAGACAUAACAUAUAAGCUUUAUAAUAAGAGGUUAUAGAGGCUCAUACACGCUUAUAACAAGUAAUUAAGCAUUAUUUCUGGUCUGCUUUGAGUAAAUUGUUACGAGAGUUUUCUUUUCACUUCUUCCAGUGACUACAAGUCACCUUUUACCAUUAUUACCCUCUUUGGACAGUAGUGCAGUGUCCAUUGAUUAUAUAAUGAGUGCCCUGUUUGUCUAGUGCCAAGCACUAAGGUAGGUUUUGUACUGUUCUCUGUAGCUGUGUCUGAUGAGUGGUGAGAUCAUCCAGAUGAGCGCUAAGAUGAGUCUGAUCUUUGAGACGGCCGACCUGGAACAGGCCUCCCCAGCUACGGUCAGCAGGUGAGUGGGGGGGGGGACACUGUUUUCGAGAAGUACUCAAAUUCAAUAUGUUGUGGCUUACUGUAUUUUGUGACUGGAAGAAAGGAGCAAACCAUUCUUCUGGUUGGGUGUUGAGUCAACCAGGUGUAGGAUAGCAAGUUGGUAGCUGGUUGUUGAUACUUUGAUGAAUAAAUGAUUGUUCUGCUGUUAGGGGUGAAUCUUAACUUCCACUUAACUAGAAUGUUCACUUAGACAUCUAUUAAUGUCAAUUGAAGACUAGGUGGAUUUAGGUGGAAGUUAAGAUUUGCCCCUUAAUGAAUCGUACAUGGCUGGCUGUCCUUGUAUCUUCAGAUGUGGUAUGAUCUAUAUGGAGCCUCACCAGUUAGGCUGGGCCCCUCUUAGAGACUCCUACAUGGACACCUUGCCUGAAAGCCUGAGCACUGAACACAGGGACCUGGUGAGAACAGACACAAACAAAAACUCACACUGUUUUCUUUUUUGUUUUACUAAAGGAGGUUCGGUUUUAAUAUUCUUAGAUACAGUUGAAGUUGGAAGUUUACAUACACUUAGGUUGUUUUUCAACCACUCCAAACAUUUCUUGUUAACAAACUAUAGUUUUGGCAAGUCGGUUAGGACAUCUACUUUGUGGGUCAGAAGUAUACAUACACUAAGUUGAUUGUGCCUUUAAACAGCUUGGAAAAUUCCAGAAAAGGAUGUCAUGGCUUUAGAAGCUUCUGAUAGGCUAAUUGACAUAAUUUGAGUCAAUUGGAGGUGUACCUGUGGAUGUAUUUCAAGGCCUACCUUCAAACUCAGUGCCUCUUUGCUUGACAUCAUCGGAAAAUCAAAAGAAAUCAGCCAAGACCUCAGAAAAAUUAUUGUAGACCUCCACAAGUCUGGUUCAUCCUUGGGAGCAAUUUCCAAAUGCCUGAAGGUUCCACGUUCAUCUGUACAAACAAUAGUACGCAAGUAUAAACACCAUGGGACCACGCAGCCGUCAUACCGCUCAGGAAGGAGACGCUUUCUGUCUCCUAGAUAUGAACGUACUUUGGUGCGAAAAGUGCAAAUAAAUCCCAGAACAACAGCAAAGGACCUUGUGAAGAUGCUGGAGGAAACAGGUACAAAAGUAUCUAUAUCCACAGUAAAACAAGUCCUAUAUCAACAUAACCUGAAAGGCCGCUCAGCAAGGAAGAAGCCACUGCUCUAAAACCGCCAUAAAAAGGCCAGACUACGGUUUGCAACUGCACAUGGGGACAAAGAUUGUACUUUUUAGAAAAAUGUCCUCUGGUCUGAUGAAACAAAAAUAGAACUGUUUGGCCAUAAUGACCAUCAUUAUGUUUGGAGGAAAAAGGGGGUAGCUUGCAAGUCGAAGAACACCAUCCCAACCGUGAAACACGGUGGUGGCAGCAUCAUGCUGUGGGGGUGCUUUGCUGCAGGAGGGACUGGUGCACUUCACAAAAUAGAUGGCAUCAUGAGGAAGGAAAAUUAUGUGGAUAUAUUGCAACAUCUCAAGACAUCAGUCAGGAAGUUAAAGCUUGGUCGCAAAUGGGUCUUCCAAAUGGACAAUGACCCCAAGCAUACUUCCAAAGUUGUGGCAAAAUGGCUUAAGGACAACAAAGUCAAGGUAUUGGAGUGGCCAUCACAAAGCCCUGACAUCAAUCCUAUAGAAAAUGUGUGGGCAGAACUGAAAAAGUGUGUGCGAGCAAGGAGGCCUACAAACCUGACUCAGUUACACCAGCUCUGUCAGGAGGAAUGGGCCAAAAUUCACCCAACUUAUUGUGGGAAGCUUGUGGAAGGCUACCCGAAACGUUUGACCCAAGUUAAACAAUUUAAAGGCAAUGCUACCAAAUACUAAUUGAGUGUAUGUAAACUUCUGACCCACUGGGAAUGUGAUGAAAGAAAUAAAAGCUGAAAUAAAUCAUUCUCUCUACUAUUAUUCUGACAUUUCACAUUCUUAAAAUAAUGUGGUGAUCCUAACUGACCUAAAACAGGGAAUUUUUACUAGGAUUAAAUGUCAGGAAUUGUGAAAAAACUGAGUUUAAAAGUAUUUGGCUAAGGUGUAUGUUAACUUCCGACUUCAACUGUAAUUAUCACCAUACAGCAUAAUCAAUGAUUUGUACCAUACUUUGUCCAUUGUGUUCUGGGUUAUAAGACCCAUUUCGGUUGAAUGCAUUCACUUGUGCAACUGACUAGGUAUCCCCUUUCCAUUAUAUUAUGUGUGACACACCAUCUCAUGUCUUUCUGCAGAUUGUGGACAUGUUCAACUGGCUGGUCCAGCCCUGUCUGGACUUCACCUCCAGAGAGUGUCGUUUCCUGGUGUCGACGUCUCCCAUCCACCUGACCUACAGCCUGAUGAGGCUCUACACCUGUCUCCUAGGUCAGCCAACACACAGCUGUUUCAUGAUACAAUGUCAAACUAUGAAGUCCAGACAUAAACUGGUGUUCUAUCUGUCUGGAGAAGGUUUAGAAGACCUUUCUCAUUGAUUGAUGACCUUGUAUGUAUGUAUGUGUGCGACUGUUCCUUUGUAUGUGUGUUGCUGCGCCUGGACUCCUUCACAAGAUGACAUUGCAGCAUCGGGGACCAAUGGCGCAGAGCCCAUGUCCAGUCAGCAGGUGACCAUGUGGCUGCAGGGCCUGUUCCUAUUCGCUGUGGUGUGGAGUGUGGGCGGGACCAUCAACGGGGACAGCCGCAAUAAGUUUGACGCCUUCUACAGGAACCUGAUCAUGGGCAUGGAUGACAACCACCCCCGGCCCAAAAGUGUCAAACUGACCAAGAACAACGUCUUCCCUGAGAGAGGUGACAUGACCCUAUCAAUGAGUUGUGCUGUGACUGACAACCAUACCUGACAACAGUCCCAAAGCGUUGCUGCUUAAGACAUGUCUUUUUAGCUGUGCUUUUACCAAUAUUAGCCAUAUUAUCUACUUUAUUUAUUUGAUCCCUUUUUAUGUAUCUGAUUAUAUCCCUUUUUAUGUAUCUGAUUAUAUCCCUAUUUAUGUAUCUGAUUAUAUCCCUUUUUAUGUAUCUGAUUAUAUCCCUUUUUAUGUAUCUGAUUAUAUCCCUUUUUAUGUAUCUGAUUAUAUCCCUUUUUAUGUAUCUGAUUUUAUCCCCUUUUAUUUAUUGCUGCAUUAGUCUCUCGUAUCCACUGUUAUCUUACUAUUGUUUUAUGAUUUCAAUUUAUCUCUUAAUUUUAUUGAUGUCUAUCUUGAUUUUAUAUUUGCAUAGAAACUUUUUGGUUUUAUCUUCUUCACGUUUUAUUCUUUUAUUUGCUAAGCACCUUGAAAUGCAUUUGUCGUAAGAAAUGUGCUAUAUAAUAAAGUUUGAUUGAUUCUUUCACUUGCUCAAUACAAUAAUUAAAGGUACAAUUAGUCAUUUUAGUUUUCCUCCUCUGUAGGCACCGUCUAUGACUACUACUUCCACAAGCAAGGCACAGGGCAGUGGAAUACAUGGACUGAUUCCAUCACCAAGGAGGAGUCCACUAUUGCCGCUGGAGCCAAUGUCAGUUGUUUACCUAAGAGUGUGACUAAUAGAGGGGGUCAAAUGGGGCUAUAACUGGGUUGUCAUGUUCUGUAAAAUCUCUUCUCCUUUACUAGUGAUUGGAGGAAUUGAAAUGGGAGUAACCAGGUUGUCAUGCUCUCUAUUCCCCCUAUUAGGUGUCAGACCUGAUCAUCCCCACCAUGGAGACAGCCCGUCAGCUGUUCUUCCUGCAGACCUACCUGGCCCACGAGGUGCCCAUGCUGUUCGUGGGGCCCACCGGCACGGGCAAGUCAGUCAUCAACAACAGCUUUCUGCUCAAGCUGCCUAAGGAGCGCUACACACCCAACUGCAUCAACUUCUCGGCACGCACCUCAGCCAACCAGACCCAGGACAUUAUCAUGGGCAAGCUGGACCGCCGGAGGAAGGGCGUGUUCGGGCCACCCAUGGGAAAGAAGUGUGUCGUCUACGUGGGUAAGGAAUGAGUAGGACACUCAGUGGAGCACGUUACUGUGUCCAUGCUACUCAAUGCUUAACACAGGUCUGACAUGGCACCCUAUUCUGUAUAUAGUGCACUACUUUUUCCCCUCAAAAGAAGUGCACUAUAUAGGAAAUAGGGUGCCAUUUUGGACACAACCAGUGUCUCCCCUACCAUUUCACCUUUAAAGAGUGUAUGAAACCUCAGUUCCUUGAUUCCUCACGUCCUCUCUCCUCCCCUCCUCAAAACCAAUGACUGUAUAUGAAUGGACAAAGCCAUUGAUCACGUGACACCAUUCAUUCCUAUAUGAAGACUCAAUAGCGCAUUUGAAGCCAAAAAAGAUGGUUAAGAUGGCAUCUCAUGGAUACAUAACAUGCGCAGUUUGAGCUACUCCAGGAAGUGACAUUGCAGGCUAGCUUAGUACUGCGCCCUCUCAUUGAGUAUCUCAAGUCGAAUGCCGACCAGGGUACUGCAGGCUGCCAUUAGCAAUAAAAUUAUCCUUAAGAUUUACAUUUACGUCAUUUAGCAGACGCUCUUAUCCAGAGCGACUUACAGUUAGUGAGUGCAUACAUAAAAAAAUUAAAAAACAUUUCAUACUGGCCCCCUGUGGGAAUCGAACCCACAACCCUGGCGUUGCAAACGCCAUGCUCUACCAACUGAGCUACAUCCCUGUAGAUCUUCUUCUAUGUGUGGUUCAAGGACAUACAUCUGGUGUAAUAGAAGCAAUUAUUGGUACCAUGGUUGUCUUAGAAUUGUUCAUUUAUUUACAUGAAGAUUGACCACGAAGAUUGCCAUUUUCCCAUUCACUAUAAUGGGGGAUCCUGUUUUCUGUCAACAAUUCCUGCAGUACCAUGGUCAGCUUUGAACUUCGUGGCUUUAAUGAGAGGGGACAGUUGUUCUCCCCUGCUCAAAACGCAUUGGAGAGAAGGUCAGAUUGGAGGAACCUUGAAUAUUCUUUGCCAAUGCAUUUUAAAAAGGGGGCAAGGAGAGAGGAUGUGAGUAAUCAAGGAAAUACAAUUGAGAUUCACACUAGUGAUCAGUCUGACCUUUGAUCUAUCAGAUGACCUCAACAUGCCUGCCAAGGAGAUCUAUGGCGCCCAACCACCCAUUGAGCUGCUGAGGCAGUGGAUCGACCACUACCACUGGUACGACAAGAAGGACACCUCCAGGAUUGACAUUGUGGACAUUCUGUUCGUAUCUGCUAUGGGGCCCCCUGGUGGGGGGAGGAAUGACAUUUCAGGUACUCUUUCUUUGCCGUCAAGUACUGGGUGGUGUUCAGUAAGGCACAACAAUUAGCGUUUCUUAUUGAACAAGUUGAGGUAGUACCUCUCCAUUUUAAAACAGUUUCUCCUGUUUUGAUCGUACUGAACAAGACCCUUUGCUUCAGUGAUUUGGUAUGCAUAAAUUGUUUUCCUUUCAAGUAGGUAGGUUUUCUCAAUGUGUAUAUAAUUUUGUUGUAAAAGUUUACCAGUUAGUUUCUCUUUUAAAUCAUAGGCCGCUUCACCCGUCAUUUGAAUAUUGUUUCUAUCGACUCCUUUGACCAUGAGACGCUGAGCAAGAUAUUCACCUCCAUUACCGACUGGCAUUUUGGCAAGGGAUUUGAUGCUGCUUUCUAUAGGUGAGAUGUCUAAAACUUAUCCUUACCUAGAAUUGAGAGGCUAUGCAGUUCUAUGGCCCAUUUGUGUUGUAGUGUGAUGAACUUGGUGAUGAACAGAGACAUUCAUUAAUAUCUGUUCAAUUAAAAUGGCCCCUAAACGGCUUGUAACCAACAAUUGAUGUAACCAACAAUCCCUGUUGUUGAGGAAAGGACAGAGAGAUAACAUGAAACAUUCAAACAAUCUGAGCCUAUAUGUAGGACCAAUGGAUCAUCUCACUCAAUGGAAUACAUUCUGACCUCUGACUUACAGUGUAUUCGGAAAGUAUUCAGCCCACUUUACUUUUUCUACAUGUUGUUACGUUACAGUCUUAUUCUAAAAUGGAUUAAAUAAAACAAAUUCCUCAUCAAUCUACACACAAUACCCCAUAAUGACAAAGCGAAAACAGGUUUGGAGAUGUAUUAAAAAUUAAAAACAGAAAUACCUUAUUUACAUAAGUAUUCAGACCCUUUGCUAUGAGACUCGAAAUUGAGCUCAGGUGCAUCCUGUUUCCAUUGAUCAUACUUGAGAUGUUUCUAGAACUUGAUUGGAGUCCACCGGUGGUAAAUUCAAUUGAUUGGACAUGAUUUGGAAAGGCAUACACCUGUCUAUAUAAGGUCCCACAGUUGACAGUGCAUGUCAGAGCAAAAACCAAGCCAUGAGGUCGAUGGAAUUGUCCACGGAGCUCCGAGACAGGAUUGUGUCGAGGCUCAGAUCUGGGGAAGGGAUGAAAAUAUUUCUGCAGCAUUGAAGGUCCCCAAGAACGCAGUGGCUUCCAUCAUUCUUAAAUGGAAGAAGUUUGGAACCACCAAGACUCUUCCUAGAACUGGCCGCCCGGCCAAACUGAGCAAUCAGGGGAGAAAGGCCUUGGUCAGGGAGGUGACCAAGAACCCGAUGGUCACUCUGACAGAGCUCCAGAGUUCCUCUGUGGAGAUGGGAGAACCUUCCAGCACUCCACCAAUCAGGCCUUUAUGGUAGAGUGGCCAGACGGAAGCCACUCCUCAGUAAAAGGAACAUGACAACCCGCUUGGAGUUUGCCAAAAGGCACCUAAAGACCAUGAGAAACAAGAUUCUCUGGUCUGAUGAAACCAAGAUUGAACUAUUUGGCCUGAAUGCCAUGCGUCAUGUCUGGAGGAAACCUGGUACCAUCCCUACGGUGAAGCAUGGUGGUGGCAGCAGCAUCGUGCUGUGGGGAUGUUUUUCAGCGGCAGGGACUGGGAGACUAGUCAGGAUCGAGGGAAAGAUGAACGGAGCAAAGUACAGAGAGAUCCUUGAUGAAAACCUGCUCCAGAGUGCUCUGGACCUCAGACUGGGGCAAAGGUUCACCUUCCAACAGGACAACGACCCUAAGCACACAGCCAAGACAACGCAGGAGUGGCUUCGGUACAAGUAUCUGAAUGUCCUUGAGUGGCCCAGCCAGAGCCCGGACUUGAACCCAAUCUAACAUUUCUGGAGAGACCUGAAAAUAGCUGUGCAGCAACACUGACCAUCCAACCUGACAGAGCUUGAGAGGAUCUGCAGAGAAGAAUGGGAGAAACUCCCCAAAUAUAGGUGUGCCAAGCUUGUAAUCAAUGCCAAAGGUACUUCAACAAAGUACUGAGUAAAGGGUCUGAAUACUGUAAAUGUGAUAUUACAGUUUUGUAUUUUUAAUAAAUUAGCAGACAUUUCUAAAAACAUGUUUUUGCUUUGUCAUUAUUGGGUAUUGUGUGUAGAUUGAUGAGGAAAAAAGCAAUUUAAUCCAUUUUAGAAUAAGGCUGUAACGUUACAAAAUGUGGAAAAAGUCAAGGGAUCUGAAUACUUUCCAAAUGCACUGUAUGUUGUCUGUGUGUCCAGACUGGGGAAGAUCAUGGUGCAGGCCACCAUGGCUGUCUAUCAGGAUGCCAUGGAAAGCUUCCUACCCACCCCCUCCAAGUCCCACUACAUCUUCAACCUCAGGGACUUUGCCAGGGUGAUCCGCGGGGUGCUGCUCAGCCCACCCACGCACCUCCAGGCAAGACCAGAUGACAACAGCUCAUAG